AGGAUCUGAGUGGUUGAUUGUAGUACCGAUACCUUCUACACUGCGAUUAGUCUUACGCAAGGCCUUUCUCCACGUCGGGAGAUGUCGGGACGCCGCUGCACAGAUAUUGUGAGUGCCUAAAAAGGCAGAUGACGCUUUCUUCCGGCACGUUGACACCCGAGAAACGACGACAUCAAGUACCAAAUUAAAUACCGGCCUAUCCCUCCCUUCAGCCACUGAAUUCACCGUUAACAUGGCCAGUGCAAAAAUUGCUACAUUGUUAAUCCGAACUAUCGCGAAACCAAUAAGUGCUACCCUCAAGGAGCAAGCUAAACGGCAUGACCGGUUUCGAACAUUCUGUGUCUCAUUGGCCCAGGGAAUGUACCGUGCCGAAGUGAGGCUGAGGACUGGAAUGUUGGGAGAACCUGCGAAACAUAUACGCCCACUUUCCGAACAAAAAGCUAUAGACAAUGGAGCCAAUGCGUUAGCAGAAGGAUUUUUAUUCAGUGUAGCAGCGCUCUUGAUCAUAGGAGAAACAUGGCGGUCAUCUCGAAGUCAAUCCAAGCGUAGAGAUGACGUGGAUGACAAGCUAGAUGAGCUGGGAACACAGGUCACAGAGAUGAAAACACGAAUAAACGUACUCACAGAUCAGCUGGAGCAGAGGGACCUGGAACAACAGCUAAGAAAUGACGAGCUCACGCGAAUAUUGGAGCGUGUAGUCGAAAUUGGACUUCGAGGUGGAUGGGCCGAAUUUGAGGAUACGCCCCUUCAGUUUCCUCGCAUAUCUCUUGCGCCGACUGCUUCUUCUGUCUCUCAUUCCCCCCUACCCCCCGACGAUACCCGAAUAGACGUAAAUACCCCAGACAAAGAUUCGAAAUCCUCAAAUAAUAAGCCCCCCUCUUCAUAAUAUUCACAUGUAUAGAAAUCUAAUGCUGCUUCGCUCCAAAUGACUCGGAAUGACUCCGAAUAUUCUUCACACCGAAGCAAAUGCAAGAAACUCGCAAAUAUAUGUCCGAGAUACAUGCAUGUUAGGACCGUAGAUGGGACAUAUUGGA